AAAAAUAUAGCUAUUGCAAGUUUAAUUGGCCAUUAUAAUCUUAUUAGGGUUUCUUCUGUAGCAUUUGCAGUGAAGACAUGAAGAGUUUAAGCUACUAUCAAUAUUACCUCUUGUUUGUAACAGUUCUGGUGCUAAACACUGCUGCUUCUGUGAGAUCCCAACUGACCACUGAUUUCUACUCAACGACAUGCCCUAAACUUCUCCAGAUUGUGAGGAAAGAGAUUCAGAAUGCUAUUAAGGCUGAAAUGCGAAUGGCAGCAUCUUUGCUUCGCCUUCACUUUCAUGAUUGUUUUGUCAAUGGUUGUGAUGGGUCAGUAUUGCUGGAUGGCAGUGAUGGUGAGAAGUUUUCGUUGGCUAAUUUAAACUCAGCAAGAGGAUUUGAAGUUGUGGACACAAUAAAAGCAGCUGUGGAAAGUCAGUGCAGUGGAGUUGUAUCUUGUGCUGACAUACUAGCCAUAGCUGCCAGGGACUCAGUUGUUUUGAGUGGAGGACCAACAUGGAGAGUUCUUCUUGGAAGGAGAGAUGGUUUGAUUUCCAACCAGACAGAGGCAAAUAAUGCACUGCCUUCUCCAUUUGAAGGACUUAAUGAAAUCAUUGCCAAAUUUAUUGCUGUAGGCCUCAACAUCACUGAUGUUGUCUCCUUAUCAGGUGGUCAUACAAUUGGUCUAGCAAAAUGUGCAACUUUCAGCAAUAGAUUGUUCAACUUCUCAGGAACUGGUGCUCCUGAUGCUACACUUGAAUCUAAUAUGUUAUCUGAUCUGCAAAAUCUAUGUCCAAUAACUGGAGAUGGAAACAGGACAACUGCUCUUGAUCGGAACUCUACUGAUCUUUUCGACAACCACUAUUUCCAAAAUCUGCUAAACAACAAGGGUCUCCUUGGUUCAGACCAAAUCCUAUUUUCAAGUAAUGAGGCUGUUUCCACUACCAAAAGUAUUGUCCAAAGUUACAGCAGCAACAGCAAGCUUUUCUUGGAUGACUUUGCUAAUUCCAUGAUCAAAAUGGGAAAUAUUCGUCCACUUACAGGGUCUAGUGGGCAGAUUAGGAAGAAUUGCAGAGUUGUUAAUUCUUAAUUGUACUAACCAACUAGAGCAGAAUUUGAUUGAUAAUCGAUUAAUAGUAUGGUAGGUAAUCUGCACCAUUUAAAAAUUCAAGUUGUGUGUGGUUCAUGUUGAAGUCAUUAGCAGCUAAACCUUGUUUACCAA